AAAAGAGUGGUUUGGUUUCCUGACUGGCAGUUUUGGUUUGCCUUCUCUAAGUGGUCUUGUGCAAUUCCCCAGAGAAAACAUUUGAGGAGGGUUAUUCUCCCACAUGAGAGAGUUUCAUCCCACACAACCCACAGAAUUUGAUUGCAAACUUCACGGACCAAGUGUCUGGUUUUAUAGAAGUGGCUGUGGAGUAUGUUUUUCUUUCACAGGUGCACAUUUAUUCUACCUUAGGAAUAAGAAGAGAUCAUUUUAUUUCAAAGAGGGUAACUUAAACACUGAAUAUAUCUGAGAAUUGGAUGCCAAUGAGGUUGGCUUUUAUUUACUAAAUGAGGGGAAAAAGGGUGGAGAGAAGGAUUAAAACUUUCAAAGCCUUUCUAGCUGAUCUUUGUUUUCAACCAUCUGGCCUGCACAGAAGUAUUGUAUAAUCUGGCCUGUAUUUUUCUCUUACUGUGAAACAUAUUGAAACGCUUUAUGUUUAGGUGUGUGUAUAGAAAUUCAUGAAGUUCUUUUAUACACUUUCUUAGUUCCAUCACAAUUCUCAUUUUAGGAUGUCGCGAGAAGAUACCUGAUGAGAGAGCAUAUUCUAAACGUGCCUUGCAAAUUUGGAUUUGUUCUUUCCUAUCUACCAGUCACCUGACGACUCCCUAUGCAAAGGGCACCGGUUCACAUCAUUUUUUCCAAGUGCUAAAACCUGGAAAGAUAUUUUUUAAAGGACUCACAGAAGCUGUCUUGGGGGUUUGGAAAACAUCACAAAAUUGUUAGCAGACCUUUUGGCUGUGCUAUUUUUAAGAAGUUAAGUGUGUUCUUUUAAAGUCCAUUUUUGACAAUGGGACAACGUUCUCCUUGCCCCCACUGAUGUGUGAAAUACGUACAAUGAAAAACGCCGGUAAAACACCCCCAAACAGAUACAUUUUAACCUCAGAAACCAUCAGCAACAGGAGAAAAAGUGAUUUCAAAAGAGAAAGGUUUUCGCAAUAUUUAUGCUGCUGUUUCUUCCCCGAAGGAGCUUUUAUUUUACCAUUCACACAGAAGUUUGUUUUCAAAUCAGUGGCUAAAGGAGCAGCGGCGAGAAUCAGCUCUAAGCCAGCAGCAGGCGCGCGGGCGCCCGUGCCGGUCCCCGCAGCCGCCGCGUGGGUCGGCCGCCCGCAGAAGCGCCGUCUUACCUUGAGCGCGCAGGACCGGGAGAGGCUCGCGGGCUCCCACGGAGAGGGCCGGGAAGGCUGCGGUCCGCCGCGGGCGACACGCGCGAAGCUUUUAUGGGCAGGUGGGAGGAGCCGCCCCUCACGGCUUAUUGGACCAGAAAGCUCCUGCGCUGCCCGUCCUGUGAGCGUCCGAGGCCCCUGGUGAGGCUUCGGCGGCAUUGAAGUAAACCCAGCGAGGUUGGGGAGGAUCCGCGGACUUGCUGGGGGAGAGGAACAGAGGCAGCCUAGGUCUCCCAGCAUCUGCUUACGUAACAGGAUUUCGGCGCUCUCUGCCCUCGGGUUAUUUUCAGUAUUUAAAACACUGCCAUUCCUAACAGCCCGAAAACGUCUUGGUGCCACAGCGCUUAUCAGUGUGUCUUAAACAUUAAGACAGGAUUCAACCAACAAGUGGCUAAAGGAUCAGUCUGAAAUUACUGAGAAAUGCAUUCAGAGAAAGAAAAACAAGCUCCUUUCACUGCGGAGCGGUGACGCACUUCCUAGCCCAAGCUUGAUUUUUGCCACCAAAGGAAUUAAAGCAUUUUAAAAGAGAGCCUGAGACUUGGGUUGGGAAAUGCGGUAC